AUGCCAUUUGGUCUUACUAAUGCACCUAGCACUUUUAUGCGUUUGAUGAAUCAUAUCUUGAGGUCUUUCAUUGGUCAUUUCGUGGUUGUUUACUUUGAUGAUAUUCUCAUCUACAGCAAGAACCUUGAUGAUCAUAAGAUACACUUGAAAACUGAUGUCUUACGGAAAGAAAUUUUUUUUGCAAAUCUUGAAAAAUGCUCUUUUGGAACAGAUCACGUGGUGUUCUUAGGCUUUGUUGUAGGUGCUGAUGGACUUAGAGUGGACGAGGAAAAGAUCAAAGCCAUCCGAGAUUGGCCGAGUCCAACGACCGUGGGCGAAGUAAGAAGUUUCCAUGGUCUAGCUGGCUUCUACAGACGGUUCAUCCAGGAUUUCAGUACCAUAGCCGCUCCGCUUACUGAGGUGAUCAAGAAGAACGUGGGGUUCAAGUGGGAACAAGCCCAAGAAGAAGCAUUCCAGAUUCUAAAAGGGAAGUUAACUCAUGCUCCUUUGCUUACUCUCCCUGAUUUCUCUAAGACUUUUGAGAUCGAAUGUGAUGUUUCGGGUGUUGGUAUUGGUGCUGUUCUGAUGCAGGAUAGGAAACUCAUUGCUUACUUCAGUGAGAAACUUGGAGGAGCCACGCUCAACUACCCCACUUAUGACCAGGAGUUGUAUGCUUUGGUGAGGGCUCUUCAGACAUGGCAGCAUUAUCUUUGGCCAAAAGAGUUUGUGAUCCACACGGAUCAUCAGUCCUUGAAACACCUUAAGGGCCAGCAGAAGCUGAACAAGAGACAUGCCCGUUGGGUCGAGUUCAUUGAGACCUUUCCUUAUGUGAUCAAGGAAGCUCAUGGAAGAGGCCUUAUGGGACACUUUGGAGUCAAGAAAACGCACAAGGUGGUGUAUGAGCACUUCUAUUGGCCGAGCUUAAUGAAGGAUGUGGAACGGAUCUGUGGCCAAUGUGUGGUUUGCAAGAAAGCCAAGUCUAAAUCCAAAAACCAAGGUUUGUAUUCUGCUCUUCCCAUUCCUUCUCAUCCUUGGGUAGACAUAUCUAUGGACUUUGUGCUUGGAUUGCCUAGAUCUAAAUCUGGUCGAGACUCUAUCUUUGUUGUGGUCGAUAGAUUCUCUAAAAUGGCUCAUUUCAUACCUUGUCAUAAGACUGAUGAUGCUGUGCAAGUUGCUGAUCUAUUCUUUAGAGAAAUUGUUAGAUUGCACGGAAUGCCUAUGACCAUUGUUUCUGAUCGUGAUGCUAAGUUCCUUAGUUAUUUCUGGAAAACGUUAUGGUCUAAGCUAGGAACUAGAUUGAUGUUUUCCACUACUUGUCAUCCUCAAACUGAUGGUCAAACUGAGGCUGUGAACCGGACCUUAGUUAGUACAGAUGGCAAAAGGAAAGCUGAUACAAUCAAGAAGUUGCAUGAGACAGUUCGUGCCAACAUUGAAGCCAAGACAGAGUGUACACAAGGAAGGCAAACAAGAAGAAAAAGAAGGUCAUUUUUGAGGAGGGUGAUCUUGUUUGGGUUCAUCUUAGGAAGGAACGAUUCCCGGAAGAAAGAAAGUCCAAACUCAUGCCAAGGGUCGAUGGUCCUUUUCAGAUCCUUAAGAAAAUCCAUGACAAUAGCUUAUCAGCUUGACUUGCAAGAUGAUCCAGAUUUGUGGACAAAUCCUUUUAAAGAGGGAGGGAAUGAUGCGCCUCAGUACAUGGAACCAGGCCAGGAUGGAGUUCAGGACGAUCAGGUCAUUCCAACCGAGGUUCAGACAGACGAUCGUUCCAGACAGACAGACCGAGCCGUGUACCGGAUCGACUCGCGCGCAGCCAGAAAGGAGCUAAGGCUGGAACCACGUCCAUAUGAUCGAACCGACAGUACUGGAGCCCGUCUUCCCCGACCAAUUCGCCAAGCAAAGACUGAUGGUCGAGCCAGAACUCACUUGGGUCGAGUGGAAACCGAGACAAACCAUAGUCUUUCCCUUUUGGUCCGUCUGAUCCGAGCUGAGUGUCCCGACGAGCGUACUGAUGGAUCAGUCGGCCAGUAUGAUCAGUUCUUGAACUUUGAUGAUUAA